GGCGGGCCGAGGCGCCUCCUCAGCUGGAUGAUCUCAGGAGGAGUCAGCCUGGUCGGAGUUGAGCUGGUCGGCAUGUCGAGCACCGGACUUCCUCGGUACUGAAUAUCACUUGGUUAUUCCCAGAAUAGCGAAUGUAGAUUGUGAGGGGAAAUGAGUAACAGUUUUGGCUCCAGGAUGGAUGGCUCAGGCCGACCGGUUGCCACGGCAAACGGACCCGUCUCAGCCCCCACCGGCCCGGCCAGCUCCACACUGGGUCCGCCCUCAGCCUUGGAGGAGCCGGCCAGCGAGCCUCAGUCUUCCCUAACAGAAGUCACCCAGAUGUGGCUGAAAUUCGGGAAGACGUUCGCUGUCAUCUUGCCCAUCUACAUCCUGGGCUACUUUGAGUUCAGCUUUAGUUGGGUGCUGAUUGGACUGGCCGCCUUGUUCUACUGGCGGAAAGCACACGGCAGCAAGGACUACCGGAUCAACAAGGCAUUGGCCUUUCUGGAUCAUGAGGAUGUAGUCGUCAAGAAGAGUCUGCCUACCUCUGACCUGCCACCAUGGGUCCAUUAUCCAGAUGUGGAAAGAGUGGAGUGGCUGAAUAAGACGGUGAAGCAGAUGUGGCCGUUCAUCUGUCAGUUUGUGGAUAAGUUGUUCCGAGACACCAUCGAGCCAGCUGUGAAAGGCGCCAACCCUCACCUCAGCACCUUCUGCUUUUCCAAGAUUGACAUGGGCGAUAAGCCUCUGAGAGUCAACGGUGUGAAGGUUUACACGGAGAAUGUGGACAAGAGGCAGGUCAUCAUGGACCUGCAGAUCAGUUUUGUGGGGAACACAGAGAUUGACGUGGACAUUAAGAAGUUCUACUGCAGAGCUGGAAUCAAGAGCAUUCAGCUGCAUGGAGUAAUGAGAGUGGUGAUGGAGCCUCUCCUGGGUGACAUGCCUCUCAUCGGUGCGCUGUCCGUCUUUUUCCUCAAGAAGCCGCUGCUGGACAUUAACUGGACUGGCCUGACCAACAUGCUAGACAUCCCUGGAAUCAAUGGUUUGUGUGACAACCUGAUCCAGGACAUCAUCUACAGCUUUGUGGUGCUUCCCAACCGCAUCACCAUCCCUUUGGUGGGGGAGGCCCAGCUGGACCACCUCCUCUUCCCCGUGCCCAAAGGAAUCCUGCGGAUACACUUCAUCGAAGCCCAGGACUUACUGGGUAAGGACAAGUUCCUGGGUGGUCUGAUCAAAGGCAAGUCCGACCCGUACGGGGUCAUCCGUGUCGGGAAGCAGCUCUUUCAGAGUAAAGUCAUCCACGAGACGAUCCACCCCAAAUGGAAUGCCGUGUAUGAGGCCGAAGUCAUGGAUCCCACCGGACACAACCUGGAGGUCCAACUCUACGAUGAAGAUGCUGACAAAGACGACCCUCUGGGAAGUGUGACCAUCGACAUGACUGAGCUCUCCAAGGAGCAAAGAGUUGACGAGUGGUUCGGGCUGGACGGUGUGUCGACGGGGAAGUUGCACCUCAAGCUGGAGUGGUUGUCUCUCCUGUCCACACCCGACAAACUGGACCAGGCGCUGGCUAGCAUUCGGGCGGAUCGCGGCAAAGCCAACGACGGGCUGUCAUCUGCGCUGCUCGUUGUGUUCUUGGAUUCUGCCCGAAACCUGCCGCACAAUCCCUUAGAAUUCAACCAGGGGGGGCCGAAGAAGGCCUCGCUCAGUAAGGCCAUGAAGUCUGGGAAGAAAGUGACCAGUGACCCCAAUCCCUUUGUCCAUCUGAGAGUGGGUCACAAGUCCAACGAGAGCAGGAUUCGCUACAAGACUGAUGAACCCGUGUGGGAAGAAGCCUUUUCCUUCCUCGUCCACAACCCCAGAAGUGAAAACCUGGAGAUUGAGGUGAAGGACGCCAAGCACGAGUGUACACUGGGCACGCUCACUGUACCCCUCAGCCGCCUGCUGGAGGCAGAGGACAUGAUGCUGAAUCAGCCGUUUCCCCUCAAGACCAGCGGACCCAGCUGCACCCUCAAAAUGAAGUUGGCUCUGCGGGUUUUGUGCCUGCUGGACAAAGACGCAGCAUCGGCUCCUGACCCAAACCCGUCCUCUGCGCAGCUCCGCAAGUCCAGCUCCACCAACCCCACCCCACAGCCUUCCGCCUCGUACGACUUUCCCACGACGCAGGACACCUCCCCCAUCCCCCGCUCGGUGUCCAUGCCGGCGCAGGACUUGCCUAACAGCCGGCAGGAGGCCGGCGAGUACCAUGCUGGUGUGGCGGUGGGCAGGAUCGGCGGUUACAGUAUGGAAAGCGGGAGAAGCACGUCCAACUUGACCAUCUCAGGCUCGCAGUCAUUCCUGGCUGCAGGCAAGGAGGCCACGCCCAGCAUCGCCUCGGACAUCUCCAACCCGUACGCCGCUCAGGAGCUGCAACAGAGACUUCAGCAGCUGCAGAAUGGUUCUGGAAUCAACACCUUCCCUCUGGGUGAGAUCCAGUUGACUGUGAGACACAGCUCUCAGAGGAACAAGCUUGUUGUGGUGGUUCACGCCUGCAGGAACCUGAUCUCCUUCACUGACCACGGAUCAGAUCCUUACGUCCGCCUAUACUUACUUCCUGACAAGAGGAGGUCAGGCAGGAGGAAAACUCACACUUUUAAGAAAACGCUCAACCCUGUUUAUGAUCAGACCUUUGAGUUCAGCGUGUCUAUGGUGGAGCUCCACAGGAGAACGCUGGACGUGGCCGUGAAGAACAGCGGGGGGCUCCUCUACAAACACAAGGGCCUUCUUGGAAAGGUUCUAGUGGAGAUGGUUGUCGAGGACAUGGCUAAAGGCUGGACACGGUGGUAUGACCUGAGUGAAGACGGCCUGAGGAAGCCUCAUCAGUUAUAGGCUCAUCAUCAUCAUCAUGUUUGUGCUGGUUUCCUUUAGAAAAGCAGCUUUGAGGUUCUUGUACUCUCAUCAGUCGCAAGGCACACCUCCCCUUUAAGGCUAAAGGGAGAGUACGCAAACACUCUAUUUAUAACAUAUCUUCUGUAAAUAUGUCCCACCAUGCUGGACUUCUGUAUUCACGCUGUAUUCUUCUAAUGUUUAUAAUUCCAUGCGGUUUUUGUUGUUAUUUUUUUAAUGUUCUGUGAUAAAAGCAGUCAGGAAUGCCACUGCCAAAGACCGUUGAAUAUUUUUAAAACAAUUUUGGUCACAAAAAAGCCCAAACUACGCUGGCUUCAUUUGACACAUUUUGUUUAGUCAGCAGCAAGUUCGUUUGCCGCAUAUUUUUAGUUUGAAGCUUAAAUGAAGCCAGUGUACAGUGCUCGCAGUUUGCGCAUCCUUCAACGUGUUGAGGGAUCAUCUGACCUCCAAGGAACCCACUUUUUGGGUUCUUCUAGGUUAAAAUGAGUGAGACAUUGUAAGGAUGCUUUUAUUUUACAAUUACUGAAAAUAAAUAUUCUGUAUGACUUUCUCCAUGUUCCUGUACAAAUCAUGCAUCUUGAAAAGACCACAGUGCCACCUAGUGGCUAGAUUUGUAAGUACAGUUUACUUCUGCGUGCUUUUGCUUGCACAGAAAUGCAACCAAAUAUCACGUUAAGACUUUUUUAUAUGGUUUCUUGUCAUAGCUGACAUUUUGUUGACGAGUCUUAAAAGUUGAUGUUUUUAUGACGUCAUACCUAAGUCAGCCCGGCAACAAGUUUUUUACUUGGCCCACGCGGCCUCUGACCCUGGAGACCCAUGACAAAGACAGUAUUUAGUGUGGCGAAAAUGAAGACUGCUGCUUUGUUUUCUACUUUGUGCCUUAAAAACGCUAAGAAUCCUCCACCCCGGAAGAAUAAAUAAAGAGCCUUUUAUCA